AUGCUGAUCUCUGUUGGGGGAGCAGGCAAGCGGGCCACCCUUCUCGACAGCUCCGGGCAGGUGGGCGAUGCCAGCAUGUGGCCUCCUGCCAUUGCGGCCAGGAGGUGCUCGAUGGGAGCAUUUGGGGGCCUCCUUGAGGCUGAGCUGCCGGCCAAAUGCAUGCCCCCUCUCCCAGCCGCCUCUCUGCCUUUGCCAUGGGGGCCUGGGCCUGCUCAGCCGCCCCUGCCCUUGGACAGCGGGGCUGACUCAGCCGUGCCCUCCGUCUUCCUUCAAGUGGUUCCUCAGGGCAUGGAAAAUAGGUUUUUCAUUACUUUCUACGGUGGGUUGUACAUAUCAGACGUCCAGAAGGAAGAUGCCUUGUCCACCUAUCGCUGCAUCACCAAGCACAAAUACAGUGGCGAGACGCGGCAGAGCAACGGAGCCCGGCUGUCCGUCUCGGACCCUGCAGAAUCCAUCCCCACCAUCCUAGAUGGCUUCCAGUCGCGGGAAGCAAAGGCAGGCCAGCUCGUGGAGUUGCCGUGCAUCGCCUCCGGCUACCCGAAUCCGGCCAUCCGUUGGGUCAAGGAUAGCCGGCCGCUGCCUGCGGACAGUCGGUGGACCAAACGCAUCACAGGGCUGACCAUCAGCGACCUGCGCGUGGAGGACAGCGGGACCUACAUCUGCGAGGUCACCAACACCUUUGGCUCUGCUGAGGUUACAGGGACCCUCGCCGUCAUAGACCCUCUGCACGUCAGCCUCACGCCAAAGAAGCUGAAGACAGGCAUUGGCAGCACGGUCAUCCUCUCCUGCGCCCUUUCGGGCUCACCAGAAUACACCAUCCGCUGGUACCGCAACACAGAGCUGGUGGCGCCGGAUGACUUCAUCUCCAUCCGGGGCAUCAACAACGAGACGCUGCUCAUCACGGCCGCCCAGAAGAGCCACUCUGGGGCCUAUCAGUGCUUUGCCACCCGGAAGGCGCAGACGGCGCAAGACUUUGCGGUCAUUGUGCUGGAGGAUGGGACCCCCCGGAUUAUCUCCUCCUUCAGUGAGAAGGUGGUGAACCCCGGUGAGCAGUUCUCCCUGAUGUGCGCUGCCAAAGGGGCCCCUCCGCCCACCGUCACCUGGGCCCUGGACGACGAGCCCAUCCAGAGAGACAGCAGCCACCGGACCAACCAGUACACCAUGUCGGACGGCACCACCGUGAGCCACAUGAACGUGACGAGCCCGCAGAUCAAGGACGGAGGGGUCUAUCGCUGUGCCGCGCGGAACUCGGUGGGCAGCGCCGAAUACCAAGCGCGAAUAAACGUAAGAGGCCCCCCCAGCAUCCGUGCCAUGAGAAACAUCACAGCCGUGGCGGGGCGGGACACCUUCAUCAACUGCAGGGUGAUUGGCUACCCCUAUUACUCCAUCAAGUGGUACAAGGAUGCCCUUCUGCUGCCGGACAACCACCGGCAAGUGGUCUUUGAGAACGGCACCCUCAAGCUGACGGACGUCCAGAAGGGGAUGGACGAAGGGGAGUACCUGUGCAGCGUCCUCAUCCAGCCACAGCUCUCCAUCAGCCAGAGCGUCCACGUCACGGUCAAAGUCCCUCCUCUGAUCCAGCCCUUCGAGUUCCCUCCGGCCUCCAUUGGGCAGCUCCUCUACAUCCCCUGCGUGGUCUCCUCGGGGGACAUGCCCAUCCGCAUCACCUGGCGGAAGGACGGGCAGGUGAUCAUUUCUGGCUCGGGCGUCACCAUCGAGAGCAAGGAGUUCAUGAGCUCCCUGCAGAUCUCCAGCGUCUCCCUCAAGCACAAUGGCAACUACACCUGCAUCGCUACCAACGCCGCCGCCACCGUCAGCCGGGAGCGACAGCUCAUUGUGCGAGUCCCUCCUCGCUUCGUGGUCCAGCCCAACAAUCAGGAUGGGAUCUAUGGCAAAGCAGGAGUCUUGAACUGCUCCGUGGAAGGCUACCCCCCGCCCAAGGUCGUGUGGAAGCAUGCUAAAGGCAGUGGGAACCCACAGCAGUACCAUCCCGUCCCCCUCACUGGCCGCAUCCAGAUCCUGCCCAACAGCUCGCUGCUCAUUCGGCACGUUUUGGAAGAGGAUAUCGGCUAUUACCUGUGCCAGGCCAGCAACGGAGUCGGCACCGACAUCAGCAAGUCCAUGUUCCUCACGGUGAAAAUCCCUGCCAUGAUCACCUCUCACCCCAACACCACCAUCGCCAUCAAGGGGCAGCCCAAGGAGCUGAACUGCACGGCCCGGGGUGAGCGGCCCAUCAUCAUCCGCUGGGAGAAGGGCGACACCGUCAUCGACCCCGACCGCAGCCUCCGAUACACCAUCGCCACCAAGGACAGCGGCGACGAGGUCAUCUCGACGCUCAGGCUCAAGCCAGCUGACCGAGGGGACUCCGUUUUUUUCUCCUGCCAUGCAAUCAACUCCUAUGGUGAAGACAGAGGACUCAUUCAGCUUACUGUCCAAGAGCCGCCAGACCCUCCCGAGCUGGAGAUCCGGGAAGUGAAGGCCCGCAGCAUGAACCUACGCUGGACGCAGAGGUUUGACGGCAACAGCAUCAUCACCGGCUUCGAUAUCGAGUACAAGAACAAGUCCGAUUCCUGGGAUUUUAAACAAUCCACCCGCAACAUCUCCCCCACCAUCAACCAAGCCAACAUCGUGGAUCUCCACCCGGCCUCUGUGUACAGCAUCCGCAUGUACUCCUUCAACAAGAUCGGCCGCAGCGAGCCCAGCAAGGAGCUGACCAUCAGCACGGAGGAGGCAGCUCCCGAUGGGCCCCCCAUGGAUGUCACCUUGCAACCGAUGACGUCCCAGAGCAUCCAGGUCACGUGGAAGGCUCCAAAGAAGGAACUCCAGAAUGGGGUGAUCCGUGGCUACCAAAUUGGCUAUCGGGAGAACAGCCCUGGGAGCAACGGGCAGUACAGCAUUGUGGAGAUGAAGGCCACGGGAGACAGCGAGGUGUACACCCUGGACAACCUGAAGAAGUUUGCCCAGUACGGGGUGGUGGUGCAGGCCUUCAACCGGGCCGGCACGGGCCCCUCCUCCAGCGAGAUCAACGCCACCACGCUGGAGGACGUGCCCAGCCAGCCACCGGAAAAUGUGAGGGCCUUGUCUAUCACCUCGGAUGUAGGCGUGAUCUCGUGGUCGGAGCCCCCACGGAGCACCCUCAACGGAGUCCUGAAGGGCUACCGGGUCAUCUUCUGGUCUCUCUACAUGGAUGGCGAGUGGGGUGAGAUGCAGAAUAUCACCACCACCCGGGAACGAGCAGAGCUGCGGGGCCUGGAGAAGUUCACCAACUACAGUGUGCAGGUCCUGGCCUACACCCAGGCAGGGGACGGUGUUCGCAGCAGCGUGCUCCACAUCCAGACCAAGGAAGACAUUCCCGGGCCUCCUGCUGGGAUCAAAGCUGUCCCUUCAUCUGCCAGCAGCGUGGUGGUCUCUUGGCUUCCCCCCACCAAACCCAACGGGAUCAUCCGUAAAUACACCAUCUUCUGCUCCAGCCCAGGCUCUGGGCAGCCGGCUCCCAGUGAGUACGAGACAAGCCCUGAGCAGUUGUUCUAUCGCAUUGCACACCUGAACCGUGGGCAGCAGUACCUGCUCUGGGUCGCAGCUGUCACCUCAGCGGGACGCGGCAACAUCAGCGAGAAGGUCACCAUUGAGCCUGCUGGAAAAGCCCCAGCCAAGAUCAUUUCGUUUGGAGGCACUGUCACCACCCCAUGGAUGAAGGACGUGCGGCUGCCCUGCAGUUCGGUGGGGGAACCGGUCCCGGCCGUGAAGUGGACCAAGGACAGCGAUGAUUCUGCCAUCCCGGUGACCGUGGACGGGCAGCGCCAGAUCCAUGCCAAUGGCACGCUCAUCUUGCGCUCUGUGAAAGCGGAGGAUUCUGGGUACUACACCUGCACGGCCACCAACACCUGGGGCUUUGACACCAUCAUUGUCAACUUGCUGGUCCAAGUGCCCCCAGACCAGCCUCGGCUGACGGUGUCCAAGACCUCUGCUUCCUCCAUCACCUUGGCCUGGAUCCCGGGGGAUAAUGGCGGCAGCUCCAUCCGAGGCUUUGUGCUCCAGUACUCCGUGGACAACAGUGAGGAGUGGAAGGAUGUGUUCAUCACUUCCACGGAGCGCUCCUUCAAGCUGGAGAGCCUGAAAUGCGGGACUUGGUACAAGGUGAAGCUGGCGGCCAAGAACAGUGUUGGGGCCGGGCGCAUCAGUGAGAUCAUUGAGGCCAAAACCCACGGCAGAGAGCCUUCCUUCAACAAGGACCAGCACCUGUUCACCCACAUCAACUCCACGCACGCCAGGCUGAGCCUGCAGGGCUGGAGCAGCGGGGGGUGCCCCAUCCUGGCCAUCCUCCUGGAGUUCCGGCCUAAGGGCACCUGGGUCUGGCAGAGCCUGCGGGCCAAUUCUUCCCAUGAAGUCUUCUUGACGGAGCUGCGGGAAGCUACGUGGUACGAGCUGCGCAUGAAGGCGUGCAACAGUGCCGGCUGCGGCAACGAAACCAUGCAGUUUGCCACCUUGGACUACGACGGCAGUACCAUCCCACCCAUCAAGUCAGCCCAGGGGGAGGGCGACGACGUGAAGAAGCUCUUCACCAUUGCUUGCCCCGUCAUCUUGGCCACGCUGGGAGUCGCGCUGCUCUUCGUCAUCCGCAAGAAACGGAAGGAGAAGCGCCUGAAACGCUUGAGAGAUGCCAAGAGUUUAGCUGAAAUGCUCAUCAGCAAGAAUAACCGGAGCUUCGACACGCCCGUGAAGGGCCCCCCGCAAGGCCCUCGGCUGCAUAUCGACAUCCCCCGGGUCCAGCUCCUCAUCGAGGACAAGGAAGGGAUCAAGCAGAUUGGAGAUGACAAAGCAACCAUCCCAGUGACUGACACAGAAUUCAACCAGGCUGUGAAUCCCCAGAGCUUCUGCACAGGCGUUUCCCUGCAUCAUCCGGCACUCAUCCAGAACACAGGCCCCCUGAUAGACAUGUCCGAUAUCCGUCCCGGCACCAAUCCAGUUUCCAGAAAAAGUGUGAAGUCUGCACACAGUACCAGGAACCGAUACUCCAGCCAAUGGACUCUCACCAAGUGCCAGGCCUCCACCCCAGCACGGACCCUCACCUCUGACUGGAGGACCGUUGGGUCACAGCAUGGCAUCACUGUGACAGAAAGCGACAGCUACAGCGCAAGCUUGUCCCAGGAUACAGACAAAGGGCGGAACAGCAUGGUGUCCACGGAGAGCGCCUCCUCCACCUACGAGGAGCUGGCACGAGCCUAUGAACACGCCAAGCUGGAAGAGCAGCUGCAGCAUGCCAAGUUUGAAAUCACCGAGUGCUUCAUCUCCGACAGCUCCUCCGACCAGAUGACCACAGGCACCAACGAGAAUGCCGACAGCAUGACGUCCAUGAGCACCCCUUCAGAGCCAGGCAUCUGCCGCUUCACUGCCUCUCCUCCCAAACCACAAGACAGCGACCGCGGCAAGGGCGUCGCUGUGCCUAUCCCUCACCGAGCAAAUAAAAGCGAUUAUUGCAACCUGCCUUUAUACAUGAAAUCCGAAACGUUCUUCCGCAAGCCUGACCUUCACGAGCCCUGCCCGGUGGUGCCGCCCCGCGAGGCCUCCAUCCGAAAUCUGGCUCGGGCCUACCACACUCAAGCCAGGCACCUGACCUUGGACGCCAGCAGCAAAGCGGCAGCGCCUGGGCCCCAUGUGAGUGCGGCGGCCACAACGACCUUACCUCAGAGAACUCUCGCCAUGCCCAGCUCGGCAGGUGCGGCCCCUGCCGCUGCCGCCGCUCCUGCCCCCAUCCCUUCUGCCCCUGCGCCAGGCACUGAGGCCCCACCUGCCGCCACUGCUGAGCCACGCCUGCCCCCCCAUACCAAAAUGGGGGGGUCCAGAGACUCGCUCCUAGAAAUGAGCACGUCUGGUAUAGGGAGGUCGCAGAAGCAGGGAGCCGGCGCCUAUUCAAAGUCCUAUACGCUGGUGUAGCAGUGGACACAAGACGACAGAGACUUUGCUCUUUUCCUGAAUUAUUUAUAUUGAAAUAAAAGACGCUCUUGUACAGAAUGGACUUUUUUUGUAUAAAUCAAACUAUUUUCUUCUUCUCCAAACUUGAGGGUAAAAACCAACCAUGGGGCAAAGCGUUGAGGAGUUCUUUUUUCCGAAGCUUUUGCUCUCUGUUUCACAACGUCUCGGAAGAGGGCACCGUACUCAAGGGUGUGCCCGCCCGCCCGCCCCCGCCCACUUUCCCUGAUGAAGCAACCCCUGUAGGUUUUGAAGAGACUACUUUGAGACAAUGCAUGUUGUUUUACUGUUUGGAAAACCACGGGACUU